CCCUCAGCCUUUCUUUCUCUUAAUCUCUAUCCCGCCCCCCUCCGCCCCUUCUUUCUUAUCCCUACCGGAAACGGAACCAACUCCAACCCGGACACUCUCUUUCGUCCAGGGAGCCGGGGAGCCAGCAUUCCCGCAAAGUCCAGUGGGGAAUAUCCCUAAAACAAAGGAACAGGAACUCCAGGUGGGGACGAAGAAGCACUUUUUUGCCCCACAUUUGCCCCUUCUCCCUCACUCCCCCUGGUCCUCCCCUGUUCACUGCCACAAGAUGGCUUCCGACAGCCCAGACCCUCUGAUGACCCUCUGCACAGAUUAUUGUCUUUACAACUUGGAGGGGACUCUUUGCUACUUGCUGGACAACGAGACACUCCGUCUCCACCCAGACAUCUUCCUGCCAAGUGAGAUUUGUGACAGACUUGUCAAUGAGUAUGUGGAGCUGGUAAAUGCCGACACUAUCUUUGAGCACAAUGAAAACUUCUUCACACUCUUCUCAGAACCACGCAGCACCAGGCUGGCAAGAAUCCAUUUGCGGGAGGACAUUGUGCAAGAUCAGGACCUGGAAGCCAUCCGAAAACAGGACCUGGUGGAAUUAUUCCUAACAAACUGCGAGAAAUUAACAGCCAAGAGCCUCCAGACCCUGGGCAGCUUCAGCCCCACCCUUGUCUCCCUCAGCCUCUUUGGCUGCACCAACAUUUUCUAUGAGGAGGAGAAUCCAGGGGGCUGCGAGGACGACUUAAACCCAACCCGCCAGGUCUUGGUCAAGGACUUCACAUUUGAGGGCUUCAGCCGCCUGCGGUUCCUCAAUUUAGGCCAGAUGACCAAAGGGGUGAAUGUGGAGAGCCUGCUCCGACCUCUGGCUUCACUGACUGCACUGGACCUCUCUGGGAUCCAGCUCAACGACAUCAUUUUCCUCACCCAAUGGAAGGACAGCUUGGCUUCCCUGGUGCUUUACAACAUGGACCUCUGUGAGGAGCAUGUUCAGGUCAUCGCCCAACUGCGCAAGCUCAGGCACUUGGACAUCUCCAGGGACCGCCUCUCCAGUUAUUACAAAUUCAAAUUGACCCAGUGGGUCCUGAACCUCUUUGUGGAGAACCUGGUCAACCUCACUUCUCUGGACAUCUCUGGCCACAUCAUGUUGGAGAAUUGCUGCUCUUCUAGUGAGGAUGAGAAAGUAGGCCAGACAAGCAUCAGUCCUGAAAUGAGCAGCAUCACCCCUUUAAGGAACCUGAAGCAGCCUCUCCAGUUCCUGGGCCUCUUCGAGACCACCCUUUGCCAUCUCUCACACAUCCCAGCCUACAAGGUUACUGGGGCCAAGAGUGAAGAGCAAGUGCUCAACGCCAUUGAGGCAUAUACUGAGCAUCGUCCUGAGAUCACGUCUCGAGCCAUCAACAACCUUUUUGACAUCACUCGUAUUGAGCACUGCAACCAACACCUGAGAGCCCUCAAGCUAGUUAUAACAGCUCUGAAGUGCCACAAAUACGAUAAGAAUAUCCAGGUGACAGGAAGCGCCACUCUGUUCUACCUCACCCAUGCGGAAUACCGCUUGGAGCAGAGCAUCAAGUUGCGGCGCCAGGUUGUCCAGGUGGUGUUGAGUGGCAUGGAGUCUUACCAGGAAGUCACUGUGCAGCGCAACUGCUGCCUGACUCUGUGCAACUUCAGCAUCCCUGAGGAGGUGGAGUUCCAGUACCGGCGGGUCAAUGAGCUGCUCCUGAAUAUCCUAAACCCAACGCGGCAGGACGAGUCGAUCCAGCGCAUCGCAGUGCACCUUUGCAAUGCCCUGGUGUGCCAGGUGGACAACGACCACAAGGAGGCUGUGGGCAAGAUGGGGUUUGUCAUGACCAUGCUGAAACUGAUUCAGAAGAAGCUGGUGGAUAAAACGUGUGACCAGGUGAUGGAGUUCUCCUGGAGCGCCUUGUGGAACAUCACGGACGAGACCCCAAACAAUUGUGAAAUGUUCCUCAACUACAGUGGCAUGAAGCUCUUCUUGGAGUGCUUGAAGGAAUUUCCCGACAAGCAAGAACUUCAUCGCAACAUGCUGGGCCUCCUGGGAAAUGUGGCAGAGGUGGAAGAGCUCCGCCCACAAUUGAUGACCUCCCAGUUCAUCAGUGUAUUCAGCAACCUGUUGGACAGUGAAGCUGACGGCAUUGAAGUAUCCUACAAUGCCUGUGGAGUCCUCUCCCACAUCAUGUUUGACGGCCCGGAAGCCUGGAUGAUCAGUGAGCCCCGCAGGGAGGAGGUGGUUGACCGGAUGUGGGCAGCUAUCCAGCGGUGGGAUGUCAAUUCCAGGAGAAACAUCAACUACAGGUCAUUUGAGCCAAUCCUCAGGCUCAUCCCUCAAGGAAUCUCUCCAGUGAGCCAGCACUGGGCUACAUGGGCCCUUUACAACCUUGUGUCUGUCUACCCAGACAAAUACUGCCCUCUGCUGAUCAAAGAAGGUGGCCUCCUUCUCCUGAGCGACAUGAUCAAAAUGGCUUCAGCCCGGCCAGAAACGAAGGAAAUGGGAAGGAAAGUCAUAGAACACUGCAAUAACUUUAUGGACAAGAACAUGGACACAUCAAGAUAGAGGCACCCCUGGCUUUCCACCACCUGCCAGCAUUGCAUUCGACAUCUCUUCCCGUUCACUGUACAUAGGUUGGACUUUCUCACCAGCUUAGCAGUUGGAACGAGCCUUUAUGAAUACGUGUGUGUGUCCAUC